ACAUUUGUUUACAUAUGUUAAUUUUGCUUGGUCUAAAGGUCUUACCACAGUACGUGAUAAGGAUAAGAUCGAAAACAUACGCAAUACGACGAAUAAUGAAUAUAUAUCUUAAAAAAUGCAUACCAAGCAACAGUUACAGCAGCAUCAUCUAUCGCAUGAUAAGUUCUUCCGAAGUCGCCACGGCUCUGCGACCAUUCUAUUUUGCAGUACAUCCAGAUCUAUUCGGACGUUACCCACAGCAGCGACAAGUGAACGAGGAUUCGCUUAAGCAGCUAAGCGCACACCUAGAGUCCUUACUCAAUCAGAGGCGUAUACUUACCUCGACACCCAAAGUGUUACCCUUCUACGUACGCGUAUCGAAUGCUACCGAGCAACGGGGGACAUUUAAUCUGGUCAAAGUUCCGCUAGAGAGGACUGUCGAUCCCAGAAUAUUCCUGCGAAAAAUUUUAGAAUCUUGUAAAUUACCAACGGAUUAUCUGGAUAAAAUGCCGUCGAGCACGAGUAGUAGUGACAAAAGUCAAAGAUCAAGGUCAAAUUCGGACACCGGUGUCUACAAUGAGUCCUUCGUUUAUCGUAAACGAUCGGAAAACGAUUCCGAUCAGCAAGAAGAUUCACCCUUCGAAAGCGAAUUUGAUGUGUUUCAGUAUAGAAUUAAGAAAGCUAAGGAAAACGAAUCGCUCAAAUUCUGGUUACAGAAGCACAUGGUUACGGCAAAUGUCCGGACGAGGGCUCUGCAAGAACUGAAAGAUGAAGUUGAAAAGCUAAGAGAAUCGGUUAUAGACCUGUUGCAAGUUCAAAAUAUUGAUUACGAUUGUGGCUGGAAUGUUGAACAUUUCAGGGGUUGUCUGAAGAGCUUGGAGCGUCUGGCGAAUUUGCAUCCAGGAGCUAUGAAAGAGCUGAAGGGUAGAAUCGUGGUUUUUGCGCCCUUCACUGGUGUCAGCUUGGAUGGACACGUAAUGCUUUUUACGGGAGAUGUUCAAAGAAAUUGGCUAGAUCUCAUACAAAAUAUUGAAAAACAUGAUGCCUACCUGCGGAAGCUUCCCGCGUAUGAGUAUGCUCUGUCGCAGGUGCUUCGCAAUAUACGAAUAGGACGACGCAAAUUUAUGCCCAAGGCACAAGCAAUGUCGUACGCAUCACACUUACGCAAGAUAACCACUAGUCUAUUGGACUACUUGGGCAAAUAUAAAUAUCCAAAGAACUGGCCAACGGAUUUGUCGAAGUUUGAAAUAGUCGUGGAAUCUGAGGCAGGUCCUCUGAUGGUUAGUCCAACUGGACAGCUAAUCGUGCCGGCUACUUGUCCCGGAACGCUUCUAGUCGAUUUUCUGACAAACCACCUGGAAGAAUCUCUUCAAAAGCAGCAAUCGUAUGAUAGGCAGAAGCACGUCGAACGAGAUUUGCACACGCGCUGCGUUAAACAGUUUCAACUGUUUUCGCUUGAUAAGGAUGAUUCCGUGACACCUGAUCGGAUGAUCGAAUGUCUGGAAAAACUUAUUGCUACCGAUGGAUUAGAGCUGAACGAUAUCCAUCUCAACAUUACCACCUACUAUUCGGUACUAACAGACGGAACAGUUUGUAUACCAUGGAACUGGAAGUAGCCAAGCUUUCUACUGUCAGUUUUCAGGGACAUUUGAACGGAACUCCUACAGGACUUAUGUUCCAUAAUUUCAGUCAAAUUAAACGUGCUUUCAAUUAGACGACCUUAGAGAGAUUAUUCACAUUAUAAAUGUCCGAGACAAUAACUAACUGUAAAUAAAAAAAAGUUGAGUUUAAA